CUUCCUCCGGGGGUAGCUGGGGUUCGCAGUUAUUCAGCGUCGUUCGUCCGGUUUAGGCAGGGAAAGAUACUGUGCGGGGAGGCAGGCCUAGAAAUCUCUGCUGCUCGUUUCCUGCGGUGCGGUGAGCGGCAUAAGCGGAGAUUUCUUCCGGUUCGGUAGAUCCGACCUUCAUCUUGUUGGGGAGGUCCGCUUGAUGUCGGUAGAGGCGGCAGCUUCCGUCCUCCGAAGCUUUCCUGCGAGAUAUGAGUCUCUGGAAAAUACCAGCAAUGGAGCUGUUGAAUCGGUAUGUACAGUGGAGGAAUCGGUUCUUGGCACUCGUGUUGAUGCUGAGCGCGAUUGGGUGUCCGAUGGCCGAGAAGAAGCACGGGGAGUCCAGAAUGGCGUCUUGGAAACCAGACAUGUUGAUGGCCGAGAUGAAGCAGAGGUGCCUGGGUGGACGCAGAGAUCCUGGUUCCUUCUGCAGGGCUAGCAUCGGGAACGCGCCGGAAGAGAGGAAGCCAAAUCCAAACAAGCAGAGCGCCCUGGAGUUGUCUAUCCGUGGGUACGCUGAGCGCCGGUCAGGGGUUGUGGUGGCACCGGCUGUCGGAACCACGUUCGAUUCGUUGCAGGAGGCAUAUGAUUUCUACAACCUGUAUUCCUGGGAAAUUGGUUUUGGUGUGCGGUAUGCGAAGAGUCGUCUCAAUGUACACCGGAAGAAGUGUAUGCAGGAAAUCGUCUGCAGCUGCUCGGGGAAGCCGCUGAAGGAGAACAUGAGGUCUGCUCGUACAGGUUGCACUGCAUUGAUCCGCUUACUUAGAUCUGCGGACAACGGAUGGUAUGUAUGUGAACACAGGGAAGAACGCAACCACCCGUUAUCGAACACUUGUGGCGAGAAGCUGCACUGGCAAUCGCACAGGCACAUUGAUCCUUACACGAAAGAGUUGGUACGCCACCUGAGGGAGAACAAUGUCAGCUUGGGCAAGGUGUAUAGCAUAAUUGGCAGCUUCUUUGGUUCUUUGGAGAACGUGCCAUUCACGAAACGUUCAUUGAAGACGUUGUGCGGCAAGAUCAGCCGGGAGCAAUCAGAUAAUGACGCUGGCAAAAUUGGACACCCCGUUCUCUCCUUCUCCCCGUCGUGCCACACCGCAGCAGCAGCCGCUUCCCCACCUGCCCCGCUCCCGAUCUCCGAGGCAAGCAGCGCCGCCGCGGCCGCCAUGGCGUUUGAGAAGAUCAAGGUCGCCAACCCCAUCGUCGAGAUGGACAGUCAGAUCCCACUCCCCCUUCUCCGGCAGAUAGAUCUAUCUCGCGGCCACGGCGCUGUUCGCUUAUCGAUAUAAUCGAUGCCUGUGCUAAAUUUUGAAUUGUCCUGUGCUAAUCAUAUUCAAAAUUCCAUUGAAGCCGGCAUCUGCAGCUUCAAUCUCGGCAGCCAGCAAA